GGGAGAUAGGACAUUUGGUACACCUUUGUGGAUCAUUGAGCAUUGAUAAUCUUGAAAAAGUCCACGUGAAGGAAGAAGUAGAUGAAGCAAAACUGUCGCAAAAAAGCCGACUACAAGAGUUGACAUUACAUUGGUUUAAUAUUGACCGGUCUCCCAUAGACUAUACACUAGAAGAACAUGUUCUUGAAAGGCUUAAGCCAAACAACAAUCUUCUAAAGUUAUCUAUUAAAGGGCACAGAGGAACCACUUGCCCUUCCUGGCUUGGUACCAACCUCUCCUUCAAAAGUUUGGAAUCUCUCUGCCUAGAUGGUGUAGCUUGGAAAACAUAUCCCCCUAUAGGAGACUUGUGGCCAGUUGAUAGGCUUGGCACAUCAAAUAAUAUCCCUAUCAUAAGGUUUGAAAAUUUGAGAAGGCUAGAACUUGUAAACUUACCAUGGUUGAAAAGGUGGGUUGUACAUGCUCCCUGUCAGUUGUUUCGUUUCUUGGAAGUACUUAUCAUCAGUGGUUGCUCUCAACUAGAGGGGUUGUCCUUUCAACAUUUGGCUUGUUGUCAACAAAGGAAAGAGCCAAAUGUAAAUUCAUUUCCUAGGCUCUUGGAGCUCGAGAUCAAGAAAUGUCCACAGCUACUAUCAUUUCCUCCCAUUCCUUGGAAUAAGGCUCUACGCAACAUCAAUAUACAAGGAAUCGGAAGUUCAAGUCUUGAUAAAUUGGUUUGUGGAAAAGGAAAUUUCAGUCGUGAAUAUUAUUUGAAAAUAGAGGGAAAUGAUACAAAUUUUUUUGAUGAAAGAAAGAAGGAUACAAUUCAUAGCACGAUUUGAAAUGUGCUGGAUUUUCAUAACCUAACUGGACUGAAGGAGAUGAGGAUGCGGAGGUGCCAACCCCCACCACUAAGUUGCUUACAAAUUCUAUCAUCCCUAAGGACCCUAGAGAUGUCUUGUUCCAGUAAUGCCUUUCCAUUUGUUCAAGCUGACAGCCAUGUCAAAUACCAGUUUCCAGUUGAACAUUUAUGCUUCCCAGAGUGGAAUGCUAGUGGGAAGCAGCUAACACAGCUACUCACUUACUUUACAAGGCUGUCAGAUAUAUGGCUGGGGGCAACAACUAAAAUAACAGGGCUGAGUGUGACGGGGCAACAGGCAACAGAAAUAACUGCACCAUUAUGUUCAGCUAACAAUGUGGACCCAACAGCAGAGGACGAAAUAGUUGCAUCAGAAGAAGCAGAACGUGGCAUGUUGCUUUUGCCUCCCCAACUGCAAGAGCUGCGGAUCUGGUUUUGCCCAGAGCUGAGCCUCCUCCGCUCCAAUCCACAUGACGACAGCAACGAAGAAGAUGGAGGAACUGGGGGAAGAGGAGGAGGGCUCCAAGGUCUAACCUCCCUCCGACAGCUGCGAAUCAACAAUUGCCCCAAGCUCCUGUCCGCCUACUCGUCUUAUUCAUCCUUCUCUUCUUCUUUCCCCUUCCCCAACUCCCUGGAACACCUUUCUAUUGACGGAGCAGUGGGCACACGGGCAUCAGUGCCUCUAUCAAACCUCACCUCUCUCACAAGUUUAGACAUAUCCAGCUGUGGGGAUUUAAGAGGCGAGGGAUGGUUGUCUCUCCUCGCCCAAGGCCAUCUCACCAAAUUAUCUGUCAUGGAAAGGCCCAAUUUCUUUGUUGAUUCCGAUCCCUCACAGGUGCAUGAACAGGAGAUUCCAUCCUGUUCCUCCAAACUGCAGGAGCUCGAAAUAGAUAAUGUGACUGGAUUCACUACUGCGGCCAUUCAUCGUAGCCUGAUCUUUUCCUCGCUCACCAAAUUGAAAAUUCAAUAUGAUCAUAGGUUGGGGCGCUUCACAGAGCAGCAAGAGGCCCUUCUGUUUGUUGACUCCCUUGAGUGUAUCAUAUUUUUUGGCAGCAGUAACCUGCAGUCCCUCCCUGAACGGCUACAUACACUUCACAACCUCAAGAGGUUACAAAUCUGGUCGUCCAAAGCAAUCCAGAUGCUGCCCAAGGAUGAUCUCCCAAGUUCACUUGAAGAAUUGUAUAUCAUGAGUUGUCCAGAACUCCAGUCACUGCCCAAGGAUUGCCUCCCAGAUUCACUGCGAAAGUUAGUGAUCAGAGACUGUCCAGCAAUACGGUCGCUGCCCGAGGUGGAUGACCUUCCAAGUUCACUGCGAGAAUUAUAUGUCAGUGACAGCAGAAGUGAGGAGCUAAGGAGGCAGUGCCGCAAGUUGAUAAAUAUCAUUCCAAUAGUCAAUGCCUGACAAACCCAAGGACAUUUCUUCAUAUUUGUGUAUUAUUCUGUCCUCUGGGUUCUCUCUCUAUCUAUUCACAAUUUUGAAUUCUAAAGCAUGAAUCUCUCCACGUGCCUUCCACCCUGUACAUCAAACUGGUGAAUAUCUUUAGCGUACUCCAGCCUUGUCGUUCUGAAUCUCGGAAGAUUUACUGAAACAUGGAUGCUGUUGUGUGACUUUUUUUCUAGUCAAUGGUUUGCACUCUUAGGUUAGUUUCAGUCUUUCCAUGGCACUUCGAUCUCAGAAAAAAAAAAUGAUUGGCUCUACUUCUAGAAAAGUUGUCUUGCACGACGGUGGUGCAGACGAUGUGGUCGUCGUCGUUCCCGACGGACGCGGACUUGGGCUUUGCCGGCGUCCCUGGUCCUUCCGCUUCCGGUGGACCGCGUUCGGAAGGGUAUGCUCGGACCUGCUCUCUGCAUCGCCACGCGCCCUGGGGAUGGCACGCGGCUCUGGAUUCUCAGGGGCGAUCGUUGUGCGGCCGUGCCUCGCGGCGGGGCUCGAGGAAGACGACGACCGCAUCUUCAAAGCCGAGUUCCUUGGUCUUGGUCUCUCCUCCCGCGCCAACUAUCUGCUGCGUGACGCCACUGCUAAUGUAGUCCACUAGCACUAGGCCUCCUUCUCGUCUGUGAUCUGUAUACCUACACACCUGCUGCUGUUGCUGGAUUGUCGAUCCCCACUCCCCAUUCGAUUUAUGAUGACUACUCUUUCCGCCCUUGAAUAUUGAGUAUUUUUAUUUAUUCUAAAUAAACCUACCUUAUAUAUA